UGCUGCAAGAGCAGCGGUCGCCUGGACAACGGGAGAGGCGGCGGGAGUGAGGCCGGAUCGCGGGGGAAGUGGAGUCUGUAACCCGGGGGAAGGAGGUCGGAUCCCGGGGAGAGGCGGCGGGAGUGAGGCCGGAUCGCGGGGGAAGCGGAGUCUGUAACCCGGGGGAAGGAGGUCGGAUCCCGGGGAGAGGCGGCGGGAGUGAGGCCGGAUCGCGGGGGAAGCGGAGUCUGUAACCCGGGGGAAGGAGGUCGGAUCCCGGGGAGAGGCGGCGGGAGUGAGGCCGGAUCGCGGGGGAAGCGGAGUCUGUAACCCGGGGGAAGGAGGUCGGAUCCCGGGGAGAGGCGGCGGGAGUGAGGCCGGAUCGCGGGGGAAGCGGAGUCUGUAACCCGGAGGAAGAAGGUCGGAUCCCGGGGGAGAGGCGGCGAAGCCCGGGGGCGGGCAGCGGGAGCCGGGCUGAGGGCCACCCCGACGGGAGCCGCGCACUCUGGCCGAUGGAUCUGCUGCGGUCGCUCGGACACCCGGAGGAGCUGCUGAACCUGAUCAAGUACAAGCUGGGGCCCGGGCCCGGCGGCCCGCGGGCGGUGCACCAAAGACGAGGGGAGAGCCAGUGAGAUUGCGUCUGAUGCAGACCUGUUGUGGCGGUAGGCAAAUUGCAGCGGGUCCAGGUCCUUGCUCAAGCAGGAGUUAAAUCUCGCCAUGACCAACCUUCAAAGCACUUCAUCACAGUAGAUGACUCGAUAAGCGAGACCUUGAAAACCUGCUACGUAUAUCUGAACCAGACAAGCCGCAGUUUUGCUGCCGUCAUUCAAGCACUGGAUGGAGACUUAAGGCAGGCAGUGUGCAUCUUCUACCUGGUGCUACGGGCUCUCGACACAGUGGAGGACGAUAUGUCCAUUCCUCUGGAGGAAAAGGUCCCCAUGUUGCAGAAUUUCCACACUUACCUGUACCAGCCGGAGUGGAGGUACAGCCAGAGUCAGGAGAAGGAUCGCCAGGUGCUGCAGGAUUUCCCAUCGAUCUCGCUGGAGUUUCGCUCACUGGCCAAGGUUUACCAGGAUGUGAUUGCUAAUAUUUGCCACAAGAUGGGAUUGGGAAUGGCAGAAUUCUUGGAGAAGAGAGUUGAGUCGAUCAAGGAAUGGGACACGUACUGCCACUACGUGGCUGGCCUAGUGGGCAUUGGCCUAUCCCGUUUAUUCGCAGCCUCUGAGCUGGAGGAUCCUGUCGUUGGGGAGGACACAGAGCUGGCGAAUUCCAUGGGCCUCUUCCUGCAGAAAACAAACAUCAUUCGGGAUUACCUGGAAGACCAGCAAGAGGGUCGUGAGUUUUGGCCCCAAGAGGUGUGGAGUAAGUACGCAGAGAAGCUGUCUGACUUCACCAGGCCCCCAAACAUUCAGGCAGCGCUGCAGUGCCUGAACGAGCUGAUAACCAAUGCUCUACAACAUGUCCCAGACGUCAUCAAGUACUUGUCUCGACUCCAUAACCAGAGCGUUUUCAAUUUCUGUGCUAUUCCACAGGUGAUGGCCAUUGCCACUCUGGCUGCUUGUUACAACAACCCACAGGUUUUCCGUGGUGUGGUGAAGAUCCGGAAAGGUCAGGCUGUCACACUGAUGCUGGAGGCCACGAAUAUGGAGGCUGUGAAAGGAAUGUUUCGACAGUACUCUCGAGUGAUUGGACAGAAGGUUCCAGGCACAGGGAGCUCUGGAGCUGGAACACGGCAGAUUGUGAUGAAGGUGGAGACACUGAGCCAGAGUGAAAGGGAGCUGAUGUCCCGAAGUAACCUCUCUCCCAUUUACCUGUCGCUGGCCAUGUUCCUGGUGGCUGUUAGCUGGCAGUACUGGCAGACCCUGACUCGCAGUUCGGAGGAGUACAGGCACAGCCAGUGAGUAGCUUUGCCUCUAUCAAAAGUUCAGCUUUUCCUAAUUCAACAUGGGGUCUGGAGCAGGAGAACUUCCCUGCAGGAGACAGGACAAUUCCCACAGGAUCAUUCGUGCUGUUACAUCAUGUAGGGAAGCUUCUGGUCAGACCAAAGUUGGACAGCAGCAGCCCCUGUAACAAGCCCACCCCACCCCACCCCACCCCACCCCACCCCAGGCCUGGGUGUUACAGCUGUGCACAUUCUGAUCAACACUAAGCCCAGGGAAGGCGCUAGAGGUGAGGAUACGAAGACCUGUGUUAAUGUAAAACAUUUGCUUGGAUGCUUUAUAGAGUCUCAACUGGAACUUGGACUGGUUUCCACAGCCUGUUUGAUGGGACUGUGUAGUGGGAAUCUUACUUUAUGUCUAAUCUGUAUUUUUUUGUGAGGGGACAGUGUAGAAGAAGCUUUAUCUCUACCUAACCCAUGCUAUCCCUGCCCUGCAUCCAAGUUUAGGACUGUCGCUGGAACCUUGUUCUUGUUUUGGGAGAAUUGGGUCAGGGGUCACUUUUUUCUGCAUAAAACUUGCUGAUUGAGUUGAUUAAUGUAAUAAAUCAUUUUACAUGUU